CCUCAUUCAAUCUGGAACUAAUCGAAUUCCAAUUAUUGUCCCCUUUUCGGGAUUAUGGAAUCCACGGACGUUGAAAUACGCUGGCGUCAUCUCCCUCCUCCGGAAGAGUCUAAAGCAUACCUGGGAUUUCAUCCAUUGGUAACCGUGUUACCGGUGGGCCAUAAGCGAAGGGAAAACUCUCGUCCCCUUCAUGAGCCCAUGGUUUUUGAGCGAGAUCAAACCGUUCGCCUUCGUGACGGAACCAAGAUUUAUGCCGAUAUAUAUCGUCCUACCAAUGAGACUGUUGUCCCGGCUAUCAUGGUUUGGGGCCCGUAUGGGAAGUCGGGCAGUGGACACUUGAACCUCGGUUCUUUCCCGCUGCGAGUUGGUGUAGCAGAAACCCGACUCUCCGGCUAUGAGAGUUUUGAAGGCCCUGACCCUGCUGAAUGGGUACCACGAGGCUACGCUAUUGUGAACGUGGAUGCCAGGGGCUCAAUGGAUUCAGAAGGAUCCAUGAGAUUCUGGGGUUCCGGUGACGGGAAAGACGGAUACGACGCUAUUGAGGAGAUUGCAGGUCUACCAUGGUGUAAUGGCAAAGUAGCCAUGCUAGGGAACUCCUGGCUGGCUAUAUCACAGUGGUUCAUUGCCGCUGAGAGGCCGCCACAUCUGGCUUGUAUAGCUCCUCUUGAAGGCGUCAGUGAUCCAUUCCGGGAGCAGUUUCGUCGAGGGGGAAUUCCUGAGUUGCAAUUUUGGAAGGCGUUAUCAGGCCUUCUCUGCGGUCCGUAUCGAUGUCGCAAUGAUGUGGAAGAUAUCGUGACAAUGGCGGAGGAGUCAGACCUUACGAAUUCUUACUGGGAGGACAAAAGAGCGAAAAUAGACCAAAUCCAGGUCCCUGCAUACAUUUUGGCCAGCUAUUCGACGAUGCUUCACACGCUGGGAUCUCUCCGAGGCUAUGAAGAAAUUCCCCACAAUAAGAAAUGGCUUGUGAUCCAUGGGACUCAGGAAUGGUACGACCUGUACUCCCCCGAGAGAAUUCAGGAAUUGAACGUUUUCUUUGACUGUUACACGAAAGCCCCGAAUGAUUGGGAGAGUACACCGCGUGUGCGCGCUACUGUACUUCCAUUCAACCAGCCGGCGCUGACUGAAAUCCCUUUCGAAGAACCUGUCUGGCCUCAUCGCCAAACUAAUAACAAACGAUUGUUUUUGAACUCAGAGGGUCGUUUGACAGAGAUUCAGCCCCAAGAGCCGGGACAAUCGGUAUACCAAGCCGAUAUUGCGCCAAUUUGGCAAAGAGAUAACGACCCAGGAGAAAUCCAGUUUUCGUUCACCUUCCCUCAGCGAACAACUAUUCUCGGCUCGUCGCGUGCUAUUAUUUACGUUGAGACAAAGAAGGGGCCAGAUAUGGAUGUCUAUGUGCACCUAAGAAAAGCAGACCGGACUGGAAAGCUUCUACAGCAUGUCAAUAUACCACUCAAUGAUUUGGGGGUUGCUUCUGCAGAAGAAGUUCCUUUGACAAAUCCAAUGAAAUAUUUCGGUCCACAUGGCAUCCUGAGGGGAUCUUGCCGAGAUGUCGCGGAAGAAUUGUCGAAACCUCACUGGAAAACGCUCUCGCACAGGAAGCGUCUGCCGGUAAAGGUGGGAGAGGCAAUGAGAUUGGAGAUUGAGAUCUGGCCUACGGCUGGUCAUGAAGAUCUCGGGCCAUUUCAUGGGCCCUGCCGAGUUUGA